AUGGUUAAAAAGCUGCACAUGCUUGUUUGGCGAAGGCUAGUUACUUGCUUAUCCUCCCUGAAGUCCUACUCGAAAGUCUUGUGCCUCGCUGUCACUGUUUUCGUUCUUCUCCAAAUCAGUUCAAUUCAAAUCACUCAACACUCCAUUUCACUCCCUCCUUCACUCUUUACGUAUCUGAAACACCAACACGAGCAAACAUCAGACAACAAGACGGCUUACUUGGUGGAAAAGCUACGUGAAUCGGUGACAUUCCUUCCACUCAAGGACCAUCGCUUCUCAAACAAACCACUCGAGGGUCAUACUUGGUUCAUGAGCUCUCUCUUUGAUAACCAAACCAAAGACGAGGCUCAGUACCAAGAGUUCCCUUCAGAUUCUUCCAAAGGAAGGCUUCUAUGCUUGAAAGGGGUUGAUGAGCACGAUGGAUCAUGGAACUACUACGCGCUGGCUUGGCCUGAAGCUAUUCCUACCAAUGCCGUUCUUCAGAAGGGUUUGACUUUUGUCUCUUAUAAUCAAUACGAUUACUAUAACUUGUGGCAUGGACUAUCCACCAUGGUCCCGUUCGUUUCUUGGAGCUUAAGAAACCGAUGUGAAAGGCCUCAGAAAUGGGUUUUAUACCACUGGGGAGAACUAAGGUUUGGAAUGGGGCAUUGGUUAAGCGAAAUACUCAGAGCUACUUACAGUCAAGAACCGGAGUUUACACGGUUUAUCGAUGAGGAGAAGCCGGUUUGCUUCGACAAGGCUGUUGUGAUGAGACAUGACCAAGCUGGAAUGUCAAGGGAGAGAAGAAUGGAGGCUUUCGAUCACAUUAGAUGCAAAGCAAGAACCUACUGUAACGUCACCUCAUCAGAGACAUCAAAACCUCGAAUUGGUAUGACACUGCUAUUGAGAACCGGAGCCAGAGCUUUCAGGAACGAAUCAGUGGUGAUCAAUGUCUUUAAGAGAGAGUGCGAGAGACUAGAAGGGUGUGAGCUAAACGUUUCUUACUCGGACAAUCUAACGUUUUGUCAGCAAGUGGAGCUGAUGCAGAAGACCGAUGUGUUGGUAUCACCGCACGGUGCACAGCUAACCAACUUGUUUUUAAUGGAUAGAGGUAGUAGCGUGAUGGAGUUUUUCCCCAAAGGGUGGCUUCAGCUUGCUGGAGUCGGACAGCGUGUGUUCCAAUGGGGAGCUAACUGGUCAGGAAUGAGACACGAAGGCACGUGGCACGAUCCUGUUGGAGAAAAAUGUGAGUUUCUUGAUUCAGAUAGGCGAUGCAUGUCGGUGUAUAAGAACGCUAUGAUCGGACACAAUGAGACUUACUUUGGCGAGUGGGCGAGAAGCGUUUUGGACAAGUUUGAAAAUAGAACGAAGCAGAAUAUCACAGAACACAACCACGGUUAUGAUUCGUUAGAUGAAUGUCGGUGUUAAUGAUCAUCACCAUAAGCUAUAUAUUUACUUGGAGAGUUUAAC